AGAGAGAGGAGCGUUUGGGGGUGGUCCAGACAUUCAGUCCAUGUGUAGCCUACCUCACACGCACACAGCCUCCUCGCAUCAGUUGAAAGAAACCUGACUGCGCGACGGAUGCAGUGCACGAAUCUCCUGGUGUUCCACAUCUUUCAUUUGAAUCAAUAAUUUUUUUCGUGUAGGGUGUUUCCCGACACUAUUCGGUUUUGUAAAUGGUUUCUUAAGUGUGAAUACUCAUGGAUCUAUUGCGCAAGAAUAUUCCUCUUAUUUCUCCGCUAUCCCGAUGGCAGAAGCGGGGACAAAGCCGAGGAGCGUACCGGGGAUACUGCUUUAGUGGAAACCAGACCCGUUGUCUGUGAUUGGAAAAAUCGCACGGCUGCUACUUUUCUUUGCGAUUGACGGCAGUCCUUAAACACAGCCGUCAAUAAGGUAUAUGACUUGUCUCUGACCGCCGGCUUCUCAAUGAAGUGGCCCAGCCAUGCAAUGUUCCUGGAAGGCAGUGAUCCUGCUGGCCUUGGCCUCCAUCGCCAUCCAGUACACCGCCAUCCGGACUCUCACCUCCAAGCCCUUCCAGCUCUGCCCCGUGCCAAGCCCCCAGAACUGUGGCCUCCUGGGAGGCCCCGAGAUAGAGUCCCCCAUAGAGGGGCGGGCCGGCUGCGACGACUACCCCUACUUCAGCUUCAACGCCUCCCGUAAGACCCACAUCAUGGUGCUGGCUACAACGCGCAGCGGCUCCUCCUUCGUGGGCCAGCUGCUCAACCAGCAUGCUGACAUCUUCUACCUAUUCGAGCCCCUCUACCAUGUCCAGACCACUCUGAUCCCUCGGCUAUCUCACAGCCGCAACGCAGCCGACCGCAGGGUGAUGCUGGGUGCCAGUCGCGAUCUCCUGCGGAGCCUCUACGGCUGUGAUCUCUACUUCCUAGAGAGUUACAUUAAGCCGGCGCCGGCCAACCACACCACGGACAAGCUGUUCCGUAGAGGGGCCAGCCGGGCGCUAUGCUCGCUGCCCGUGUGUGAUGCCUUUGGACCCACCGACGCCAAUGUAGAGGAGGGAGACUGCGUCAAGAAGUGUGCCUCCCUCAACAUGACCCUGGCGGCCGAUGCCUGCCGCGAGAAGCGGCAUGUGGCGAUCAAGGUUGUGCGUGUGCCGGAGAUCGGGGACCUGCGGGCGCUGGUGGAGGAUCCACGGCUGAACAUCAAGGUUAUCCAGUUGGUGCGUGACCCUCGCGGGAUCCUGUCGUCGCGGAUCGAGACUUUCCGGGACACCUACCGUCUGUGGAGGAUCUGGAGGGCCACAGGGCGGAGGCCCUACAACCUGGACCUCAGCCAGCUGACGGUGGUUUGUGAGGACUUCCUCGGCUCUGUGUCCACAGGACUCAGCCACCCCCACUGGCUCAAAGGGAAGUAUAUGCUGGUGCGUUACGAGGAUCUGUCCAGGAACCCUCUGCUGAAGACCAUGGAGAUAUAUGACUUCCUGGGUCUGCCGAUGGACAAGAGCGUGGAGGAGUGGAUACAGACCAACACUAGGGGCAGCACCGAGCUGUCGGCUAAACACAAGUACGGUACGGUGAGGGACUCAGCGGCCAACGCCGAGAGCUGGCGCUUGAAACUGUCCUACGACAUGGUGGAGUACACGCAGGCCACGUGUCACAAGGUACUACAUCAGCUGGGCUAUAAGGCAGUAAAGUCAGCUGAGGAACUGAAAAACAUGUCGCUCUCACUCGUGCAGGACAAAACUUUUGUACCUUUUUCCUAACAAAGAUAUUUCCCGGAGGACUAUUUUUUUUAUAUAUUUAUAAAUGUUGCCUUAUAAUUUUCAUGGGUUAUGUUUGUGUUUUUGUCUUUGAUUUCAAAUUUGCACUACAACUUAAGAAUUCUUAAAGUCAUCUGAGGGUGGGAGUUCACUUGUUGGUUUAGGAACAGCACAAAAUGUUUGAUUUAAAGCAAAGAAAAACUAGAGAUAAACACAUUGAAGACCAUUGAAUUUUACUUUCAGCCGUCUGAACUAAAUGCAAAGCACCGUCCUCAUAGAUUCCCUGUAUGCCAGCUGUUGCAUCAACACACACAGUGAAUGUUGCCAUUCCCUCUAAGGGGUGACUGAGUCCGCAUUGCAGGAGGACAACAGACUUUUAUAGGACUGGACAAGACCAACUGUGCAAUAAAUAGUGAAUGUUGCACUCAA